UUAACCCAAACCACCCUGCCUUAUAAAUAACACUACAGAAAUACUACUACUAUCUAUGCAAACUGAGACACACACAAUACACACACAUAAUUAUAUAGUGAGAUGGAGGGGUUAUAUAGUGAGAUGAAGGAGAUGCGGGCGGCGGCAUUAGCAUAUUAUGCGAACUUGUCGCCGCAGCUGCAGGAACUUGCUUGGAAAUUUUACGAAACACUAGACGCAGAUGGAGAUAAAACUGUAAGCAUCCAAGAGUACAUGGCGUUCAUGAGAGAGGAAGGCUAUGGUCGACCUUGUAUACGGCCCAGCUUCUACGAAAAUCUCGACUACAACCGCGAUGGCGUUCUUGAUUUCGAGGAAGUUCUCACCUUUUACUACUUGUUUAAGAGCGGCAGGAUGGUCAUCUGUCAAAAGUGUGGAGUUUUCAUCACGGGACUGUUCUUCACUUGUGUCGAAUGCUUCGACCGACCCGGAGACAAUUAUGACCUCUGCUGCAAUUGUUACCGCGAUAAGAAGUACAAUGCAUCCCAACAUCCUAACUUCUUAGACAACUACUGCAGUCCAAGAAACCUUCCUUUUCAGCACCGGCACCGGCCCGGAUAACGUCCGGAGAGUCAGACGCCCAACUCGUUCGCCCUCCACCUCCAACUAAAACGGUAAUUUUCUUCAUGUGUGCGCGCGCGUGUAAAUAUAUAUAUAUAUAUAUGUAUUAUUGUACUUCCUCUUUUUAAAUACACUCAAUUUUUUUUCCUUGAUUUAUAUGACAAAAAUAUUUUUGAUGUUUGAUUAUAUGAGUUACGAGAGUAUAAGGUACUAAUGUUACUUAAAACUUCAAAAAUGAAUCGCAUCUAAAAAACCAAAAGUGAGUUACUGUGUAAAUUUUUUUUUUUUUUUAAGGUAAAAUAUAUAUCUUUUUUUUUAAUAUUUGACAAAAAAAAGUCUAAUUGGAGAUUGAGGUCAAGUUCAUUUGGUUGAGCACUUAAAAUAAUUUGUCAAAAACUUAUGAAAAAAUUACUUUUGUUUAAUUUUAAUAUUUGUUUUCUUCCUAAUUAUUUUACGAUAAUCAAUUAUCAAAAAAAAAUUAAAAAAUAUUUUAACAGAAUCUUAAUAAAAAAUAUAUAUUUUGUCUUCUCUUUAUUUAUUACCACUUAAGCGUUAUAUGUCUUCCACCUCUCCAUAUAUAUAUACACUCCGUAUGUAUUAAAGAUAGAUACAUACAUUAUGUUUGAUAUAAAUAUGUUUUAUUUUAUUAUUAUUUAUUUUUUUUUUUUUGCAUUUUGUUUUGUUUUAUUUUAUUUUAUUUACCUUCAUUAUGUAUAAUUUAAAAUGUAUAUUUAUUUAUUUAUAAACUUGAAAUAUUAUUACCACCAUUAUCUUACAGAAGUUGGUGUCCAUUACCGCCAGCCACAUGGUGGGUGAAAAAGUCUAUUUUCCAACCAUAGUUUGUACUGAACCAUGGUUGACGAGGGCGGAAUGUUAAAAAGUCAAAACAAUCACAAAAUAGACUUUUUGAGUUCUCUCAAAAUAAUAAUUCUUUUUUUUUAAAAUAAUAUAUUUUAUAUAUGUUUGGAGUUUAAAAUUUUAAAUUUGAAUUUUUAAAACUUAAAAAGACAAGUUAGUAAUUUUUUAAUGAGACAAUACGUGGUUAACAUGAUCCCUUAAAAAUUUAUUAACAAAAAAAAAAAUUUCAUGGCAAGAAACACCAAUCUAUACUUCCCAUAUCCGGACUCAAACCCUUACCCAUCUUCUUUGAUGAUAAAAAAAUUAUACCAUUAACCUAAAUGCCGGUUGAUGUAUUACACAACCCGUAUUUUAUGUAAAUCUAUCAAACAGUUUGUGGUUCUACCUUAUAAUAUUAGAAACUAAGACUUAGUUACAUGGACUAGAAUUUACAAUUAAACCCUUUUUUUUUCUUUUUUUCUUUUUUUUUAACAAUCAUGAGAGUUUAUUGCUGUUGCCUAAGGGUAGCAAACAAACGGGUUGGGUCGAGUUUGGGUAGGGUCAAAUAUGGAUUGUGAUUCAUAUUCAACCUGCUUGUAACGGGUUAAAUAUGGAUUGAGUUAAAAUAGGCCGAAUCAACCCGUUUUAGGGAGGGAAAAAAAAAAUUUAUUAUCUUGGAUAAUCUCAUUAUUAUAGUUUUUUAUUUUAGAUGGAUAAAAGUUUGUAAAAAUAUGUAUAGAUAAUUGUAAAUCCUCUAAUUUAUUUUAAAAGUUCUUUAAUUUUUUAUUAUUUUAUUUUGUGACCAGACAUGCAUGAAGGUGAGAUAUAUAUAUAAAUAUUUUAUGAAAUCAUUUGUUAAGUUUUUUAUAGAAUAAAUAAUUAAAUGAAUAAAUCAGGUCGUCCUACUUUGAAAUACAGAUGUAAACAUAGAUUUUUUUCGAGUCGUAGUAUACAUACACGAGGAAUCCAUAAUACAGAGAGAAUCUUAGAAAGAGAAUUUUAGAGAGAGAUGGUGGGAGAGACAGAGAGAGGGAAUUUGAGAUCGUGUGAGAGAAUUUUAAAAAGAAAUGGAUGAAUUUGAGUCAAAUAGAAGUUAUGAAACUGGGUCUAAUAUAAUGGGUGAAAUAUGGGUCAAAAUAAGUGAUCCAUAUUCGACCCAUUUGAAAUAUGGGUCAAAAUGAGUUGAAUAUGAGUCACUCAUUUUGACCCAUAUUUUAAAAUGGUUUACCAAUAUUCAUUUUAAAACGAGUGGAUUGAUGCGUCAUGACCCAUUUUGUAAAUCCAUGGUGUGUUGGGUGUUCAACAUUCGACAUCCAAUUACUUUAAUAAUCUGCUAGAACACAAGCCCACACUACUGGGCUCCGCAUUUACCAUUAAACUAGACAAUGCAUAUGGAGUUUAUUAUAUCUCAAUUAUUAUAGUGUUUUAUAUAACAAUUCAAUCUUUGUUACUAUUUUCUUAACAGUUUAGUAUAUUAUUAUAUUAAAUUUUGGACUUCGCAAUGAUUAGAGAGUUAGCAAUUAGGGGGAGAGAGGGGAAGGGAUCGAAACAUACGAGAAUGAGGUGGGGACAAUUAAGGCCAGAUCCUUUUAUCACUAGGAUAAUAUUGUAAUAGUUGAAAAUUAUUAUUAAAUGAUAUAUUUAAGUUUUGGACAUGCAUUAGGGGAUGGGGAAUAUUGA